AUGAGUUUUCCAAAUCGUGAGCCAGUUCCAAAAGAAAUUAUAUAUAUGCAAAUGGUCCAAGAGUCAUGUUUAUUUAAAGUUGCAUUAAGUGGAGUAGCAGGUUUUGGAUUGGGCGGAUUAUUUGGUACAUUUAUGUCAUCCUUUGAAAUGUCAUCUUCUGUUGACUCAUCUAUCUAUGAUAAACCAAUGAAACAACAACUUAAAGCAACUGCUAAAGAUAUGCUCAAUAAAUCAUAUUCAAUGGCCAAAAAUUUUGCUUUAGUUGGUGCCAUAUAUUCUGGCACUGAAUGUGUUAUAGAGGGUAGCUAA